UAAGUAAUUCAGUGAGUGCUUUCUUUUAUAAGAAGAGCGUCGGCUUGGAAGAAGAAAAUGAAAUACGAACAACCGCGCUGGUUGUAAUAGAUCGACUUGAAUGCGUCUUCUUGCUCCAACAUUCAAGUUCCAUUUCAAGGGAGGACGACGUACCAUGAUACUUUCUGUUUUGUCGAGCCCUGCUUUGGUCUCUGGUUUGAUGGUUGUACGUGCUAAAAAUCCGGUACAUUCCGUUUUGUUUCCCAUCCUAGUCUUUUGCGACACUUUUGGUUUACUUAUUUUGUUAGGUCUCGACUUCUCCGCUAUGAUCUCCCCAGUAGUUCAUAUAGGAGCUAUUGCCGUUUCAUUCCUAUUCGUGGUUAUGAUGUUCAAUCUUCAAAUAGCGGAGAUUCACGAAGAAGUAUUGCGCUAUUUACCAGUGAGUGGUAUUAUUGGACUGAUCUUUUGGUGGGAAAUGUUCUUCAUUUUAGAUAAUGAAACCAUUCCAUUACUACCAACCCACAGAUAUACGACCUCUCUGAGAUAUACGGUUUAUGCCGGAAAGGUACGAAGUUGGACUAAUUUGGAAACAUUGUGCAAUUUACUUUAUACCUACUAUUCCGUAUGGUUUUUGGUUUCUAGUCUGAUUUUAUUAGUUGCUAUGAUUGGGGCUAUAGUACUUACUAUGCAUAGGACUACAAAGGUGAAAAGACAGGAUGUAUUCCGACGAAAUGCCUUGGAUUCUAGGAGCCAUAUAAUGAACAGGACUAUUUCUCCUUUUGGCCAUAGCCAUAGAAGAAGCUUCUCCUCCAGAGCGGGGGGACCGCCUGACAAUUACAAAGAAACCUUUAAAAUGUGGAUUUAGUGCUCAGAAUAUAAGGAUUUCCCU